CCCGAAUAAUGAACGGCACCCGAGAGAGGCCCACAUCACUCACCGACCGGUCCAACGCUAAGUUGGCCGCACUUUACGAACUGGUCUGCGGUCAGCACUUGGAUGUGGCCGACUAUGUCCUCCAAUCCCAACAUGUGAUCGAUUUGUUGGACAUUCUGUGCCAUCGGAUCAAUUUAUUGGACACGACUCUCAUGAGUACCAGUGGUGAGGGAACCACAGCCUUGACAUGCGAUAUAGUGGUCGGAGCCCUGUGUCGACUCCUGUCCACCAUUUUUGACACACUUCACGGCCACUACUCGACGCUCACCGACAGUACCGACGAUAGUCUAGCUUUCAAUCACAUUAUUCAAGACUUAAUCAGUUAUAUAGUAUCGGUCGGAAUGAUUGAUAAGCUGUCGCUAAUGAUGGCCAACACUCGGGGCCCCGUCGACGACCACCCGGAGCUCACACAAUGCCUGCGAAGUGUUGUUUCUCUGUUCAGUUCGCUGUCGAAACUGAUGGCACUUCGAGUGGAGGAGAGGUUCGGCGCCCGUCUCGCCGACGACGACACACAACUGAUGCUCACAUUUCAGAUGACACACAUCGGCGGUGUUGUGUCCCUCAUCUACGGAGUGCUCCUCCACUCGGGAGCGCCUCAAAGGGCUGACGGCGAUCGACCCCCACCUGCGGCCGACCAUACGCUGGAUCUGACUCUGGAAGUGAUCAGACUUUUGAAUUACGUGUCGCUAUUGGAUCUGAAUGUGGUUCAGUGUGUUUUGGGCGGCGAAGGGCUGUCACUACAGCUCCGGCACAUCUGUUCAUACCUUCUCUGGUAUUGCACUCACCAUAAGAAGGAAGCGCUUCUCAACGAAGCGAUUUUAUUGGUCGGCAAUUUUGUUGUACUCAACGACGAGAAUCAGGCGCUGUUAGAGUCGGGCCAACGGCCGACUGUCGUCCAGCAGUUGUGUUCGCUGCCCAUCGAGUACUUCAGCGACGAUCGACUGUCUCGG